GGAGGAGGAGGAGGAGGCGAAGGCCGGGUGCGGGGGGGAUUUAAGGGCCCGCUGUCCCCCCGGCCCGGCCUCCGCCCGCCCUGGAGGAACGUGGGUGUCGGGACCCAAGUUUGUGCGGCUCUCUCCCAUCCAGCCCCAGCUCAGCACCACAGGAUGAAGGCUUUCCUCCUCCUCCUUCUCACCCAGCUCUGCUCACCAUCGCUGGUCCCUGAGAGGGAGAAGAACCCCGAGUACUGGCGGAGGCAGGCGCAGGAGACGCUGCGGACGGCCCUGAGGCUGCAGCGCCUCAACCAGAACGUGGCCAAGAACCUCAUCCUCUUCCUGGGUGAUGGCAUGGGUGUCUCCACCGUCACGGCCGCCCGCAUCCUCAAAGGGCAGCUGCAGAAAGGGAAGGGCGAGGAGAGUCUGUUGGAGAUGGAGAAGUUCCCCUACGUCGCUUUGGCCAAGACCUACAACACCAACGCUCAGGUGCCCGACAGCGCGGGCACGGCCACCGCUUACCUCUGCGGCGUCAAAGCCAACGAGGGCACGGUGGGCGUCAGCGCCGGCGUCACCCGCGACCGCUGCAACACCACCCAGGGCCAGGAGGUCACCUCCAUCCUGCGCUGGGCCAAGGACGCAGGGAAGGCGGUGGGCAUCGUCACCACCACGCGCGUGACCCACGCGACGCCCAGCGCUGCCUAUGCCCACUCUGCCAACCGCGACUGGUACUCGGAUGGAGAGAUGCCCCCGGACGCGCUGGAGGGCGGCUGCAGGGACAUCGCCCGGCAGCUGGUGGAGAACAUCCCCGACAUUGAGGUGAUCUUGGGCGGGGGGAGGAAAUACAUGUACCCCAAAAACACCAGUGAUGUGGAGUAUCCCCACGAGGACAAACACCGGGGGACGCGCCUGGACCGCAGGGACCUCGUCCAGGCCUGGCACGACACCAAACCCCCCGGCAAGGUGGCCAAGUACGUGUGGCACCGGCGGGAGCUCCUGGCACUCAACCUCAGCCGUGUUGACUUCCUCCUGGGCCUCUUCGAGCCAGGGGACAUGGUGUACGAGCUGGACAGGAAUAACGAGACGGAUCCGUCCCUCACGGAGAUGGUGGCUGUGGCCAUCAGGAUGCUCCAGAAAAACCCCCGGGGCUUCUUCCUCCUGGUUGAAGGGGGCCGCAUCGACCACGGGCACCACGAGGGGAAGGCGAAGCAGGCGCUGCACGAGGCGGUGGAGCUGGACCGCGCCAUCGGCCUGGCCACCCGCCUGACCUCGGCCCAGGACACGCUCAGCGUGGUCACGGCCGACCACUCGCACGUCUUCACCUUCGGCGGCUACACCCCCCGCGGGAACCCCAUCUUCGGCUUGGCCCCGAUGCAGAGCGACGUGGACCGCAAACCCUUCACCUCCAUCCUCUACGGCAACGGCCCCGGCUACAAGAUCGUGGCGGGCGAGCGAGAAAACGUCUCCGCCGUGGACUUUGCACACGCCGACUACCAGGCACAAUCGGCCGUGCCGCUGCGCCAGGAGACCCACGGCGGCGAGGACGUGGCCGUGUUCGCCCAGGGCCCCAUGGCCCAUCUCCUCCACGGGGUCCACGAGCAAAACUACAUCCCCCACGCCAUGGCCUACGCCGCCUGCAUCGGCUCCAACCGCGCUCACUGCAACGCCGCCGGCCGCCCCGCCGCCGCCGCCAGCCUCCUCCUGCCCUUCCUCGCCCUCCUCCUCCUCCUCUGCUAAAGCUCCUCGUUGCAAACCACCCAGAGGGGAUUUAUUUUUAAUUUCCCUCCCCUCUUUCUUGUUUUUUGGGAGAUCUUUUUUUGUUGGGGGGUGGAUGGCAGCAGAGAAGAGGAGAAAAAAAGGACUCAGUGGAGCAAAAGCAGCCGCCGGCGGUUUGGUGCCGGGAGCUGCCUCUGUAAAUACACAGCUCCUUCCCCUGUAAUUAUCCUCGCCGGCCCCUCUCCCAAAGCCAGCCCUGGGAUUUGGGAUGAGAGCAGGAGCCUUUGUGGAUAAAUCAACCCCCUUCUGAACCCAACCACUGUGGGGCCGGCUCCCAAAAUGCCUCUUGGGUCCCAAAAUGCCUCCUGAGGCCUGACCCCACACGUGUGGGCACCCAGAGACCACACGGAGCUGAGGAAGACAAAGAUCGACUCACCGGGUUCAUUUGUCCUCAAAAAUGUGGGGUUGGCUGGUUUGGGGUGGGGUGGGUUUUUUUUUUGCCUCUGGGGUGAUUUAUUUUGCUUUAAAAUCCUUUGGUUUAAGGCAAUUUGCUACUUGGGGGAGCUGGAGAGAGAAAGGGAAGCGUGUGUGUGGAGGAUUUAAGGGGUGGCACUCACUGGGGUACACCCCCUUUAUUAGAGUGGGGUAAUUAGUGGGGGGAGGAGUAAUUAAGAGAAGAGUAAUGAGGGGAGGGAGUUUCUGCAGUUUGCAAGGUGUUGGAAGGGGGAGAAACUGAGGCCUGUGGUAGCACCAGAGGGGUCCUGAGUGUGUAAACGGGGCCCUGCACGUGUAAAGGGCCCCAGCAAGGAGCAGAUAAAGUCCUGCACACACAAAUGCCACGUCCCGUGUGCAAAUGCCACGUCCCACGUGCAAGCCCUCCCCUGCCUCAGCAAACAUCCCCCUGUGCCCCUGCAAAUUCUGGGCACACGCAGCCCCCAGCACCUCCAAAACCCCCAUUAACAACCCGACAUCCCUAAGCACCCCCAAACCUUCCCAGCACCCCUAAAAUACACCCCCAGCACCUAUAAAU